UCUGAUGCCUCCUGGGGAGAGGGGUAGAAGAAGCAGUUGCUUCCUAGCUCCUUGGGGUAUCCAUCUGUCUUCCUUGUGUCUGUGUAAGCUGUACCCAGUUGCUUCAUAGCACCCUAGAAAAUGUCACUUUCAACUAGCACCCAUAGGACAUCUCUCUGAGUGCUCUCUCACUGGCAAGAAACUGGCCUUAGCCAUAAUCCAAAAAUACCAUAUAGCAGGUUUUCUGUUUGAAGAUUGUCUUUGUUUUCGUCCCUCUGUCCCCACCCCCUAACCUCCAAAGCAAAUAGAGAAGAAUUUGCUAAAAGAAAAGGAAACAUGUUAAAGCUGCCCUGGUUUGCUUUUCACUGGCUUACUUUCUGAAACUGGCCUGUCACACAUGUUUAUCACAUUUCUUGUUUUCUCUGGUUGAGCCCACCUGCUUUCUUACAGUAUGUCAGGUUUCUUUACAGUAACAGAAAUCCAGGUUGUAAAACCAGCUGUGAACCUACCUCUGAACCAUAUGCGGAGGGCAGAGCAUGGAGAGAUCAUGGAGUAGUCCUAGGACAUUCUCUGACUUUUGAUAGAUGGCCUCUUUCAUCUGGAAACAGUAUGGGCAAGUGUAUUUGGACCUGAACUUUGGUAAAGGCCGUGGAGCCUUAAGGAAUAUUUGCACAAGACCUGAGAACAACCUGCCAGAGUCCCACCCCAAAGAGACCAAGUUGAUGCUUGUCAGUGUGAUGAUACCUCACGUGGUAAUGUCCUUCCGGCACCUGGUCCGUGCAGUGGCCUCCCACGGGCUGGCUCCCUUGAGAUAUGGAAGAAGCUGCCAUCUGCAUGUGGCUCCAGCAACCCACUCUGACAGGAGUGCCCCGGUGUUUACCCGUGCUCUGGUCUUUCGGGACAGAGUUGCCCUCAUUGACCAACAUGGCAGCCACACGUAUAAGGACCUUUACUGCCACAGCCUCCGCCUGUCCCAGGAGAUCUGCAGGCUCCGAGAGCAUGCCAGCCGGGACCUCCAAGAGGAGAGGAUCUCUUUUAUGUGCUCCAAUGACGUCUCCUACGUGGUUGCACAGUGGGCCUCGUGGAUGAGCGGAGGCAUCGCUGUCCCUCUCUACAGGAAGCACCCCCAGGCCGAUCUACAGUACUUCAUCCAGGACUCCCGGAGCUCCAUGGUCCUUGCCGGCCAGGAGUAUGUGGAGCUCCUGAAUCCGGUAGUCAGGAAACUGGGGGUCCCGCUCCUGCCUCUCUCACCUGCAAUAUACAGUGGGGCGGCCGAGGAGCCUGGAGAGGGGGAGUUGCCGGAGCGGGACUGGAGAGAUCGGGGCGCCAUGAUCAUCUACACCAGCGGGACCACAGGAAGGCCUAAGGGCGUCCUGAGCACCCAUCACAACAUCAAGGCUAUGGUGACGGGGCUGGUCCAAAAGUGGGCAUGGACUAAAGAUGACGUGAUCCUCCACGUCCUCCCGCUGCAUCACAUCCAUGGCAUAGUCAACAAGCUGCUGUGUCCACUGUGGGUGGGAGCCACCUGUGUGAUGCUGCCGGAGUUCAGUGCCCAGCUGGUUUGGGAAAAGUUCUUAAGUUCUGAAACUCCACAGGUUAAUGUAUUUAUGGCAGUGCCUACAAUAUACAGCAAGUUGAUGGAUUAUUAUGACAAGCAUUUUACCCAGCCUCAUGUCCAGGAUUUCGUACGUGCAGUUUGUAAAGAAAAGAUCAGGUUGAUGGUUUCGGGAUCGGCCGCCUUGCCCCUACCUGUGCUGGAGAAGUGGAAGAACAUCACAGGCCACAUCCUGCUGGAGAGGUAUGGGAUGACGGAGACCGGCAUGGCCUUGUCUAACCCCCUGACCGCAGCAGCUCGCCUGCCAGGUUCUGUGGGCAUCCCGCUGCCAGGCGUUGAGGUGCGCAUUGUCUCAGAAAAUCCAAGCCCUCAGAAGGAGGGUUGCUCCUACAUCCUCCAUGCGGAAGGAAAUGAGAAGGACACUAAGGUAACCCCAGGGUUCAAGGAGAAGGAAGGGGAGCUCUUGGUCAGGGGACCCUCUGUGUUCCGGGAAUACUGGGACAAACCAGAAGAAACAAAGAAAGCGUUCACCUCAGACGGCUGGUUUAAAACAGGUGAUACAGUCAUGUUCAAGGACGGCAGCUACUGGAUCCGGGGCCGCAUGUCAGUGGACAUCAUCAAGAGUGGUGGCUACAAAAUCAGUGCCCUGGAGGUGGAGCGGCUGCUGCUGGGACACCCCAGCAUCAAGGAUGUGGCUGUGAUCGGAGUUCCAGACAUGACAUGGGGCCAGCGGGUUACCGCAGUGGUGAAACUUCAAGAGGGACACUCACUGUCCCACAAGGAGCUCAAAGAGUGGGCCAGAGGCGUUCUGGCCCCGUACGCUGUGCCUUCCGAGCUCCUGCUGGUGGAAGAGAUCCCGAGGAACCAGAUGGGGAAGAUCAACAAGAAGGACCUCGUCAGGCAGUUCUAUCCACAAGACCAAGGCCAGGGGUCCAUAAGCCAGCUUUAAGCUAAAACCCCGUAAAUCAGAAGGAAUAGAGUGAGGCCUGAUGGAAUGAGAUCACAGCAGGAGGCCUCCUCUGCCCACCCUUGCGGCUACACCCACACCCUUUUGUGGCUCCUUAAACUCCCCGAGGCUGCCGGGCAGGUCCCAGGCAGGUCUAGGAGUCACCUGAGGAUGCAAGUUUCCAAAGAAAAUGCAAUAAAGCUUCACAGAGGAAAAAUA